GUUUCAGUUAAAUUUCGUGUAUUUCGUUACUCGUUAUAUUGCACUUUUCAACGCGUUCACUCAUAGAAGAUACUACUGGACCUAUUUAUCUAUACAUACGAACGAUACUAUUUCAAACGUGAAAUUGACAUAUUUGAUAAAAUAUCAAAAAUGGCGAUCCGAAAAACAAUAAUUUCAAAGCAAAUCUGUGUAUAAUUGUAUCAACUUUUUGACAGCUAACAAACGUGUCUUUCGUCUCUUGCAUGGAAAAUCUUUUUCUCUGUUUCUUUCUUGCCAGUUUGAAAAAUCCAAACACGUUCGAACCUAUCGUCGACACAUUCUGAACUGUGUUUUGUCUUAUUGAAAGAAUAGACGACAGAACGUUACGGGACAUACAUAAUUGGACGUGACGGGAUGCAAUGGAACGUGACGGGAUGCGGUAGAAUUUGGUUAAGAUUGUACUAGAUUCUACUGUGUUAGGCUACGUUAUGCCAAAAUAGACAAUGUUAGAUCACGCUAUAUAGAUCAAACGCGAUGGAAUAAAACGAGUCAACGCGUUAAAUAUAUGUAUAUGUGUAUAUGCAUAUUUAUAUCUUUUUAAUAAAGAUCCAUAGAGCGGGAGUAAAAUGCAAACGAUCAAGUGUGUCGUAGUUGGAGACGGAGCAGUAGGUAAAACUUGUCUACUGAUUUCGUACACCACCAACAAGUUUCCUUCGGAAUAUGUUCCAACUGUAUUUGAUAACUACGCGGUCACUGUCAUGAUCGGCGGUGAACCAUAUACUUUGGGAUUAUUUGACACAGCUGGCCAGGAAGAUUAUGAUCGAUUACGUCCCUUAAGUUAUCCCCAAACAGAUGUGUUUCUUGUCUGCUUCUCUGUUGUGUCACCAUCGUCCUUUGAAAAUGUUAAGGAGAAGUGGGUUCCAGAAAUAACUCAUCAUUGUCAAAAAACCCCAUUCUUGUUAGUCGGAACCCAAAUAGAUUUACGAGACGAUGCCGCGACAAUCGAGAAGCUCGCGAAAAAUAAACAAAAGCCUAUAUCGGCUGAGCAAGGUGAAAAACUAGCCAAAGAGCUUAAGGCGGUAAAAUAUGUCGAAUGCAGUGCUCUUACACAGAAAGGUUUAAAAAACGUGUUCGACGAAGCGAUUUUAGCAGCUUUAGAGCCUCCAGAGCCAGUCAGAAGAAGACGAUGUAUCGUUUUGUAGAACGUAACUAACCGUAACUAACAUCCUUUUUAAGAUCUACUAGCGAUGUUCGGUCGAGGACCGAGUGAGUUCCAUCGUACGGUGCAUGCAAGAAUAUAUAGUUCCGAUAUCUAAACAUCGGUAUCAUCUGCCUUUCGUUUUUUACUCGUUCGAUAGCUGCUCGCGAUUCGAAUGAACAAGUUUACAAGAUAAAAAAGAAACAAGGCAUUUUAUGAGCAAGAAAAGUGCGUAUACGUACAUGUACAUGUAAGUAUAUAUACGCACGUGUACGCGUCAGUGCGUGUAUAUGCACAUUCAUGCGCACGUGUCGUCUGCAUGCAUGUAUAUGUAUAUAUAUACAUGUUAUAUAUAUGUGUACUAUAAAUGCAUAUAUACAUAUGUACAUAUACAUUUCGUUGGCUCGAGAUGUACGAUAUGUAUAUAUGUAUGUGUGUACAUAUAUAUCUCUCUUAUUGUCGAUCAAUUUGUUACGAGAGAAGAAAAGGAAAAGGUGACAGGUAGUAUUUGCCUGAACCGAUUCACGGUAGCGAGCAUCGAUAUUUUGACGAUCGCACGGGAGAAACGUCGUCUCUUUAUGGAGAUAAUUGUGACCAUCCAUGUACGAACUUCGUAUAAAACACUUGUAAAACAUUCUUCUACUUAACAUGUAAGACGUUUUUAUUGAUAAAUUAGUAGUGUGAAUUUUUUAAUAAAUCAGUUUAAAAAAGUAAUAAAGUCAAUUUGAAACAAUGAAUUUUUUUUAAUAAAAGGAAAUAUAAUUCGAAUCGGUAUAUUUCUUCUUUUAUCUAAAAAUCUUGAUAUUUUCCCGCACUCUUUUUUGAAACCCACUUUACGACGUCGGUCCAAACUUGUCGCCGAUUCAAUACGCAUGCCCGAGUUUAAGCAACAGGCGUUUUCAACCGGGCAACUAUCCAAGGAGAAAAUAUCGAAAUUUUGCCAUAUACGUAUACGCUUUAACCGUAUGAAAAUUUCAUUUCUAACCGACUUAUUUUAAUGGUUUAACAAUAAUAAUGUAAUCGGUACAUUUAAAAUGAUGAACAUCAAUGUGUGAUUAAAACUUUAUUUAUAUACACUUUUUCACGAUAUUAUGGAAUAAUCAAGUAUGCUAUAGUACAUGUAAAACUUGUUUCUAAACUUGGCCAUUUAUCGUAAAAGUUUGGUAUCUAACUUUGGAAUAAAAGUGAUUACAUUCGAAUAUCGCUUUCGACAUCGAACGUUUGUAUAUUUUCUACUAUUCUUUAAUACGUCGAUACUGUUUUCUUCCUAUUAGAUCGCUACAGUACUGGAUGCGAUACACUUCCAUUACACGCGUACUUGAUGCGCGCAUACUUAAAAAUCGUUUAUCAAUUUUUUCAAUGAAAUCAAAUUUAUCUCUUGCGCUUUGUAUUUUUCUGUACGACAAAUUUCACUUACAAUAUCCACCAAAACAAUAACAAGAUUCAUAAUAAUAAUAUCACGAAUAACAUAACAUGUCCUGAAGUACGCUUUAUACGUGUGUACGUGUGUAUGCACUUUUUGCAUUUUAUAUAUAGGCAGGACGAAAUAAUAUCAGCUACUUUAUACGAGUAAUAAAUGUUUUUUUAAGUGA